UUUGGGGUCCCCCUGGGAACCACGUGCCGCCCCGGUGUGACCGCGGUUCCCCGCUUGCUCCCAAGGGCUGCCCAUGGAGGAGGUUCUGAGCAGGAGGGUCUGCGAGGAGCUGCUGGAAAUGCUGCGAGCGCAGCAGGACGGCCGGUCCCGCAGCGCCAUCCUGCGCAGCAUCACCCGCUGCAUCUACCUGAUGGACGCGAAGAACCCCACCUGCAGCCCGGAGCACGUCCAGCUGGUGGCCUCCUGCCUGCACGACCAGGACCGGGACACCCAGAUCCAGGCUCUGAACACCCUCAGGGCUUUUGCCACCCAGUCCCUGUUUACUGCCCAAAUCCAGGAUUACUACCCCAAGAUCCUGGAUCUGGUCGUCUCCUCCCGGGACGAGGAGGUGCAGGUGGCGGCGCUGCGGCUGCUCAACGCUCUGCCCGUGCCCCCCAACAUCGCGCCGCUGCUGCGCCGCGCGGUGCCCAACCUGGUGGGCUUCCUGCAGUGGGACAACACCACCAUCCAGGUUCGCUGCCCCCCCGCGCCCGGCGGGGACCCCCCCCCCGACACCGUGCCCACCCUCCCAGCCGCAUCCCCGGUGUUUCUGCAGCUGCAGGUCCUCAGGCUGCUCAUCACGCUGUCCCGCAAGGAAGAGCUCCUGCCCGACAUCCUCAACUGCCAGGUCCAGCCCGAAUUCCUGAGCCUCAUGAACAACUCGCAGCCGGCGAAGCUGCUCUGCGAGAUGCUGGCGCUGGUGGAGGUGCUGCACGGGGGCUGCGCGAAGCCCCGCCGCCCGAGCAAGAGCCCCCAGAGCGGCAGCUGCUCCCUCUACGAGGUCCUUUUCGGCGAGAACUCCCACCUGGCCGAUCACCUCCUGGUCAUGUUCGUCCACCCCGAGGAGAGCGUGCAGCUCCAUGCGUGCAGACUCAUCAUGAGCCUGCAGCUGUACAAGCUGGAUAUGGAGAUCGCCGCCGGCGCCCUGAGCAAGCACGUCUCGCCCGCCAGCAAACCCGUUUUCUAGGGG